GGCGGGGUCUGCUGCCGGUCCUGCACCGCCGGGAGCGGCGUCCCGGGCUGAGGGAAGCUGCCCGGGUCUGGAGACCCCUAAGGUCGUCUCCCUUGACCAGGGGGGUGGCACCGAGUCCGGAAGGUGAAGGACCCAGAAUGGACCGGCCGAGGAGCUGGAGUCCUGAGUGGGCAGGGCUGGAGUUCUGCCGCGCCGGAGGCCGGUAGAACCAGUCCGUCCCGGGGAGACGCUGACCGGGACGGGGAGUUUGGGCUCCAACCAGCAGGGCGGCAAAGACGUCUCCACACUCCGCUCAGGCCCGCCCUCCGCGAGGUGUGGAAGGGCUCUGAGGACAGAAGUGCUCUGGCUAAAGCUGGGACAGGAGCCCCCCUCCCCCCCUCCAACCCCCCAGCCUUCUCAUUCGCCCAGAAUCUUGCGGAGCCAGCAGCUUCAAGCCGGUUUAUAUGGGCAGGUGCUGUCCCUAACCCCGCCCAGUACAGAGCUGCUGGGCCGAUGCCAUGGGGGAGCCUGGUAGAGAGGAGUAUAAAAUCCAGUCUUUCGAUGCAGAGACCCAGCAGCUGCUGAAGACAGCACUCAAAGAUCCAGGUGCCGUGGACUUGGAGAAAGUGGCCAAUGUGAUUGUGGACCAUUCUCUGCAGGACCGCGUGUUCAGCAAGGAAGCAGGACGCAUGUGCUAUGCCAUUAUUCAGGCAGAGAGCAAGCAAGCAGGCCAGAGUGUCUUCCGGCGUGGACUCCUCAACCGGCUGCAGCAGGAGUACCAGGCUCGGGAGCAGCUGCGCGCCCGCUCCCCGCGGGGCUGGGUCUGCUAUGUCACCUUCAUCUGCAACAUCUUCGACUACUUGAGGGUGAACAACAUGCCCAUGAUGGCCCUGGUGAACCCCGUCUAUGACUGCCUCUUCCGGCUGGCCCAGCCCGACAGUCUGAGCGAGGAGGAGGAGGCUGGCCCUGCCGGGGCUCACCUCCCACGGUCCCUGCAGGUGGACUGCCUGGUGCUGCAGCUGCACCGCGUUGGGGAGCAGCUGGAGAAGAUGAACAGGCAGCGAAUGGAUGAGCUCUUUGUCCUGAUCCGGGAUGGCUUCCUGCUCCUGACCGACCUCCGCUCCCUGGCCCAGCUGCUGCUGCUGGAGAUCAUCGAGUUCCGGGCAGCUGGCUGGAAGACGACCCCAGCUGCCCACAAGUACUACUACAGCGAGGUCUCUGACUAGGCCUCCAGAUCAGGCUUCCCCCAGCAGCCCUGGCCUCGCUUCUACCCACCUCCCACCUGGCAGCACAGUCUUUGCUUCUCCAGACUUUUUCACUUCCAGCCUUUCAGCAGCUCCCGAGAGGUUUCCCACUUAUCCAGGGGUUCUGCCCUGAGCCUCUUCUCUCCUCCUGCAGGGAUUGGGGAAGACACUACACAGGUCCCCCCUCCCCCCUCCCCUCUGUCUCUCCCAUACCUCCCACCUGGCCCUGGAAGAGAAGGGCAACUCCUAACAACCACUGCACUGUGUAACCACUGGCACCUAGGUUUCCCAUCUGUAAAAUGGGUACCCAUAGCCACUUGGUAGGAUGCUUUGGAAUGUCACGGGGGAAAGGUGCAGAGCACAAGUCACACCAGAAACUUUUAUAUGUUUUGUAUAAGGACCACUUUGGCAACAGGUGUAUUUCCUCCAAUCAGUUUUCAUGGGUGGCAGUACUGUAUCACAUGCUACACAGUUCAGGGUGAGAAUUUCCUAAUAAACCUUUGAGAUACUAAAA